AAUUACGAACCCAGAGAUAAGGUAAAGGUCGUGUCUUUUAUCUUUAUAGUUUCUCCUAUCACUAACAAAGAAACGAAAGCUUGAAAGAAAUGGCAGCAAUAGCUAACCUUCAGUGUUCUUUCACUACUCUUUCUCUCUCAUCUAAUUCCUUCUUAGGCACUCGCUUUUCUCCCCUUUCCCCACCUAAGCAGGUCAAACUUGUUGAACAACCAUGUCCCAUAGUAAUGAAGCUAAAGCGAUGGGAGCGGAAGAAGUGCAAGCCGAACAGUCUUCCAAUUCUACAAAAAAUGCACGUUAAGCUUGGAGAUACUGUAAAAGUAAUAUCUGGACGUGACAAGGGAAAAAUUGGUGAAGUUAGCAAGAUAUUUAAGCAUAACAGCAGUAUUGUGGUGAAAGAAAUUAAUAUGAAAACCAAGCAUAUGAAGAGCAGGGAAGAAGGUGAACCAGGGCAGAUACUAAAGGUGGAAGCACCUAUCCACAGCUCAAAUGUGAUGCUCUAUUCAAAACAAAAGGAGGUUGCAAGCCGAGUUGGUCACAAAAUCCUUGAGAAUGGAAAGCGGGUUCGUUACCUAAUAAAAACUGGGGAGAUUAUAGACAGUGCAGAAGAGUGGAAGAGAGUGGUUAAGGAAAAAGAGAAGACAGAAGAACUUGUGGCUGCUGCUUGAUAGUUUCACUCAUCAUUCAUUUGUAAUGUAUUAUUGCGUUUAAUUUAACAUUACGAUUCAUUUUCUACCUUAUCAGUAUGUCAGUAUCACUUUUGCUAUA